AUGAGCAGAAGCAUGAGCGGCUUGCUGGACGAGCCUGGAAGUCGCAAGGAUGAAGUCGAGACUUCCUUGCAGAAGCUGAGGGACCUCGCCGAGGGUAGGGCAGAGGAUGCAGAGGCAGAGGCCGAUGUGGCGGAAGUUCUGGAGGUCCUGGAGGCCGCCACGCUCCGCAGCAGCACCUGCCAGCGUCGCUUCCUUCAGCUCGACGGGCCCCAGCUGCUUCUGACCUGUAUGGCAGCGCAGCUUGAGAACGUCAGGAUACAGCUUAUCGCCUGCCGCAUCCUGCAGCAUCUGGCUUCCCUGGUGUCCUUGGAUGCGGCAGAAGUCUUGUCCGACUUUGGGGCUUGUGAGGCCAUCCAAAAGGCAUUGGAGGCACACCCAAACGUUGCGGCUUUGCACCAGGCGGCCUUGCAGGCUUUGGAGCUUCUCGCUUUCACCGGAACCGAAGCCCGUUUAAAGGCUCUUCGCUGCGGCUGUCCCGAAGUGGUGGUCGCUUCCUUGAAGCGUUUUCGGACCGAUGCCCACGUUCAGCAGGCCUGCCUCGCAGCCUUGCAGGCCCUGCUGGAGGACUCUGCAGUGGGGACAACGGAUUCAGAGGAAGAGUCGAAUUGUCAGGAGAUUGUUGCAAAACUGGGUGGCAUCGCAGCAAUAGUGGGAGCGCUUGCAGACCACCGCGAAGAUGCGCAGCUCCAGUACUGGGGCCAGGUAGUGCUGUCAGCCCUCUGCCACGACAAUGUGAAGCUGCGUGCCGAAGCGCAGCAGAAGUGCCACUGGCAGCGCAUCGAGAUUGACUUCGACAUUUGA